AGGCGGCGGGCGGCAGCGGGUGACGCACGCGGAGCGGAGCAUGGACGCGCUGGGCAGGAAGGUGGUGGUGUGCGACAACGGCACCGGGUUUGUGAAAUGUGGGUAUGCAGGCUCAAAUUUUCCGGAGCACAUCUUUCCAGCUUUGGUUGGAAGACCAAUUAUAAGAUCAACUGCCAAAGUGGGAAACAUUGAAAUCAAGAAUAACAAAAAGAUGGAUCUUAUGGUUGGUGAUGAAGCAAGUGAAUUACGCUCAAUGCUGGAAGUUAACUACCCAAUGGAAAAUGGCAUAGUCCGGAACUGGGAUGAUAUGAAGCACCUCUGGGACUACACAUUUGGACCAGAAAAACUUAACAUCGACACGAAAAACUGUAAAAUACUACUCACAGAACCUCCCAUGAACCCAACGAAAAACAGGGAGAAGAUUGUAGAGGUAAUGUUUGAGACAUACCAGUUUUCUGGGGUAUAUGUAGCCAUUCAAGCUGUUCUUACUUUGUAUGCCCAAGGCUUAUUGACUGGUGUUGUUGUGGACUCUGGAGAUGGUGUAACUCACAUUUGCCCAGUCUAUGAAGGUUUCUCUCUUCCUCAUCUUACCAGACGACUAGACAUUGCUGGGAGGGAUAUUACCAGAUACCUCAUCAAGCUGCUCUUGCUGCGAGGAUAUGCCUUCAACCAUUCUGCUGACUUUGAAACUGUUCGUAUGAUCAAGGAAAAGUUAUGUUAUGUGGGAUACAACAUUGAACAGGAGCAGAAACUGGCCUUAGAGACCACAGUACUAGUUGAGUCCUAUACGCUCCCUGACGGCAGGAUUAUCAAAGUUGGUGGAGAGCGGUUUGAGGCACCAGAAGCUCUGUUUCAGCCUCAUUUAAUCAAUGUGGAGGGGGUUGGUGUUGCUGAACUGCUGUUUAAUACAAUCCAGGCUGCUGACAUUGACACCAGGUCUGAAUUCUAUAAGCACAUUGUAUUGUCUGGAGGUUCCACUAUGUACCCUGGGCUGCCUUCACGACUGGAACGUGAACUUAAACAGCUGUACCUGGAACGGGUUCUGAAAGGAGAUGUGGAAAAACUCUCUAAAUUUAAGAUCCGUAUUGAAGAUCCACCUCGUCGAAAGCACAUGGUGUUUCUGGGUGGUGCAGUUCUAGCAGACAUCAUGAAAGACAAAGACAACUUCUGGAUGACCCGACAAGAAUACCAAGAAAAGGGAGUGCGUGUGCUGGAGAAGCUUGGUGUGACUGUUCGAUAAACUCCCAACCUUGUUCCUGUCACAUGUCUAACGCUUUUAUUCCUUCAUUGCCAGUCUUUGAACUCAUUCAGCUACAUGACAUGGAAAGGCCUGUCUGUGCUCUUUGACCCAAAGGUCAGGUUUUGUUCUGGCUUCUUGGGGUAGCUUUUGUUAAAUGUUUGUUAAUAUGGCUAAAUUUGACCACUUCCCUGCAAACAAAACAGAGCAAGAGCAGCCUGUCUACUACAUUGUUCCUUUUCAGAAAUACAAUUCUGGGUGGGCUUUUUUCUUCUGGGUUUAUUGCUGUUGUGCUGCUGACUUUUUUGUCUCUAGCUCACUGGGGGUGGUGUGCCUUUCUUAGCAUAAGAAAAUCUGUCAGCAGCAGCUUUUACCCUCACGUUAUUGUGGUGUUUACCUUUGCAUCUUUGGCAUUCAUCCCCAUUGGCAUUUUUUAUCACAAUUAGGAAUUCUGAUUAAAACCACAGUCAGAAACUGGUUUAACCGACCCAAAUGGCUUUCCACACGGUUCCAACAUAGUUUGACUCCAAAUGCACUGUCCACUUAAACUGUGUUAAAAGGCAGUUUACCUGCAGCUGUUUGACAGAAUUCCUAACCAAAAUGACAGUCAGUGACGCUUUUCGUGGUGCGUUUCUUCAGAAUGGCUGUCUAAGCAGUUAUUGCCACAAACCAACAAAUAUCAGAAACCUCCAGUAUUCUGACAAAUUUAAAUUCAUAGCCGUAUAGUUUCUUGGUGUUGUACAGCUUCACUGUUAGGGGUCAAC